UUUCGCUCCGGGGACUCGCCGCGAGAGGCCGGCGUCGCGCAGGGGAGGCCUGGGCGCCGCCCUCUCCCACCCAGGCUGCGCGCUAGGUCUCGGCCCGGGGCCACCCCCUGGGGACCCGCGGCCCACCUGGCGAGCCCAGGGGCAGCGGGCGGCGCCGGCCUCUGCGGCUGAUGGAGGCGAGUGGCUCUCCCCCGGGCGCAGGUGACACACGCCCGGCCGGGGUUUCUGCUGGCCCGGGGAGAACACCGGGAGGGCGAGACUCAGACACCCCGGGGCAGAGAACGACAACGCAGCGAUGGCCCGAGAGCUGAGCCAGGAGGCACUACUGGACUUUCUGUGCCAGGCUGGGGGCCGAGUGACCAAUGCUGCUCUGCUGAGCCACUUCAAGAGCUUUCUCCGGGACCCUGACGCGCCCCCCAGCCAGCACCAGCACCGCCGCGAGCUCUUCAAGGGCUUCGUCAACUCGGUCGCCGCAGUGCGCCAGGACCCCGACGGCACCAAGUACGUGGUGCUCAAGAGGAGGUACAGGGACCUUUUGGGGGAGGAGGGGCUGCAGCGACCCCGCGAGCCGCCCGCGGCCGCCGGCCCCGCAGGGGGAGCCGCGCCCUGCCCCCCUCGAGGCGCGCGCCCGGCCCAGCAGCAGCCCGGGCGGCGGCCGCGCCAGGAGCGGGAGGAGGCGCCAGCAGGUGCCGCAGCCCGAGCCGCGGGCGCAGGUUGCAAUGGAUUCCCGGCCGGCGGCGCCCGGGAGGCGGCCGGGAAGGGCGGCGGGCCGCGGGACGGCCCCGGCCAGGGCGCGCCGGUGCCCGCAGCUGCGGCGACAGCCCUCCAGGCCGGAGCGAGGUGCGUGGCGGCGGAGACGCGGGGCCAAUGCUGCUGGGAAUGCCUCCAGAACAGCUUGCAGGGGCUCCCGGGGGAGCUCGGCGCACUCCCGGACCCCGCCACGGCCGGGGAGAAGCCGGCGCGGAGUCAGCCUGCCCAGGAUGACCGCGGGGCCGCCGGGCAGCGGCGGGAAGGCGCGUCCGCUGAGCCCGCGCGGGCGCCUGCGACGCCCCGCUCGCCUCCCGCCACCGUCGAGGCUGCUUCCCCGCCUGCUCCGCUGCCCCGCCUAGCGCCCCACGGAGCCCGCCCGGAGCUGUGGACCCCCGGAUCCCUGCACUGUUCCACCCUGCAGCAGCAGCAGCAGCGCACUCGAGAGUGGGUGGCCAGACACCCCCAGACGCCCGAGGCCCGGGACCAGCACCCCGUCCGGGCCUGGUCUGUGCUGCCCACGGAGCCGGGCUUCGGGGUCGCAGGGCCAAAUUCAGAGCCGCCAGACCCUCCUCUUUCCUCUCAUUCUCUCUUUCCUGCUCCGGAUGAGUCCUCAGAAUCCUGGCCAGGGAACUCUCCAUUGACUGUCUUUCGUAGCAUUCGUUGUCAGCUUUCCCUCCAAGAUCUGGAUGACUUUGUGGACCAGGAGAGCCACGGCAGUGAGGAGAGCAGCAGCGGGCCCAAAGAGUCGCCUGGGGGUUCUGAGGAGGGGCUGCAGGUUGCCGUGGGACCCCCAGAUUGGGGAAAGCUCAGGAAUCCAGCUAAGGGCCUUUCUGUGUCUCCAAAGGAGAGGAGCCCCAGCUGGACUCUUCAGAGCCUCAGGAACAGAGCGGAUGGUCACACCUGCCCGCAGGUCCCAACAGGGGCGAAUGGCCUUGCAGGCCACCCCCAGGAGCCUUUGCCUUGGCCGGCUCCUAAGUUAAGGCGAUCCCUCAGGAGGAGCUCUCUGGCAGGGAGAGCCAAACUGUCCUCCUCUGAUGAGGAAUACCUUGAUGAAGCCUUGCUGAAAAGGAGUCGGCGACCACCUCGAUCCAGGAAACCCUCCAAGGCUGGAACAAUGCCCAGUCCAAGGUUGGAUGCAGCUUUGACACCAAAACUUGCAGAGGUUAAGGCUGUUGUGGCCCAGCAGCGUUGGCCACAUAGCUGGUGGGCCCCCGGUGGGGAGGGGCCUGCGGCCUUGGUUCCCCACAGACCUUCUGAGCACAAGUCGUCCCUGGUCCCCCUAGAUGCCAGGGAGCACCAGUGGAUUGUGAAGCUUGCCAGUGGCUCCUGGAUUCAGGUGUUGACUUUAUUCUGGGAGGACCCCCAGCUGGCUUUGCACAAAGACUUCUUGACUGGGUACACUGCCUUGCACUGGAUAGCCAAACAUGGUGACCUCAGGGCCCUUCAGGACUUGGUCUCAGGGGCACAGAAGGCAGGGAUUGCUCUGGAUGUAAAUGUGAGGUCCAGUUGUGGGUACACCCCACUGCAUCUUGCAGCCAUUCAUGGCCACCAGGCGGUCAUCAGAUUGCUAGUGCAAAGGUUGGCUUCUCGGGUGAAUGUCCGGGACAGCAGUGGCAAAAAGCCAUGGCAGUAUCUGACCAGUGAUACCUCUGGGGAAAUACGGCAGCUACUGGGAGCCCCUCGGGGCAAGCCCAUUUUCCCUGUCUAUCCCUCAGUCCAAAGCUCUUCCCCCACCAGGAAGGCCAAGAGCCGGGAAGUAUCUAGAAAUGUAACCCGAAAGUCUUCCUUUGCUGCGCUUCUCAAAAGUCAGCACAACAAGUGGAAAUUGGCCAACCAGUAUGAGAAAUUCCCCAGUGCAAGGGCAAGAGAAGAAUAUAGUGACUGAGGUGGGCCCCUCUGUCAACACGUAGCCACCACACCCUUGAGCUACCCUUGAGCUACUCAGUGAGAGAAUUCGGGGGAGUAGAAACACUGCUGAGGAUUUGGUAGAGACAGAGGUCAAGUGAGGUGGCCUCCCUAGCGUCACCCUCCCUGGACUGAUGUCAGCACAUCCUGCACCUCCGGGGUCAUCCAACCUUUUUGAAAGCUCAAGUCCUUGAACCGGUGGCAGAGCCAGGUGCUCAAAACCCAGAAGGUGUUCUUCCUCUUCCCUUGCCACCACAGAUCUGGGCACAGCAAUCCCAGGCCUUGGCUAGAGAGGGAAAGGAGGUCUAACAAAGAGGUAAUUUGAGGAAUUGAUGAAGCACAGACAAAAUCCUCUCUGGCUAGUAGCUCUCUGGCUUCUGUUCAGUUGGAGAAUAAAUCUUGGCUGAGAGUUGGAAGCACCAGGUUUGAAAUCAAAUAGCUUUAUUUUAUUUUUGGCAUUCAGAUCACUGAAAUAAAAUUAUUACUGGAGAGUAGAAUUUGAUUUAAGCGAUUCCUCAGCCCUGUCCCCAAGUUUUUUUUAAUUCCCCCUACAGUGGCUAAGGAGUGAAAUGACUAGUGCCCUCUUUGGGUCUCUUCAUUGAUCAGAGAAGCAGCUGGAUAAGAUCCAGUAUGACCUUGCCUUUACUCCAGAGAGAAAUGACUGGGAUUCGGGCCCUGCUUUUUUGUAUCAACCCAAAGGGAACUUUCCAAAUAUAAAAACCAUGUGGCUCAUUUGCAUAGUGACUGAAACCAUCUUUCCUGGGAACUCCCUGUGUAACAAACAGAACUAUCAGUAGUAGUUGUCAAUAGCUUGAAUGGCCAAUGUUCAUACUGAUGAAAAGAGAAAAAUGCUUUCACUCUGGGGAAGCAGUAAAGCUUAGGAGCAGUAUGCCUUCCCACCCGGACUUUUCUAAGCUGCUAAAUAUAAGUUUAUUUG